AUGGGAAAUACGAGACGUCGAAAUCAAUUGCUCGCUACAUCGCGAACUCAGAUUCCAAAAUUUAAAGACGGUGACAUUGUGCUAGCUACUCAUCCCGACGGAGUAGCUCAGCAUUCAACAAUCAUCAUGUACCAUGAAGUCGUAUGUUUUGUUAGACGCUGUGAGGAUGGGUUUGUUAAUGUAUUAGCAACAACACAUGUCUACCCUCUUACUCAAGAAGAAGGCACAUGCUGUAGAAUUCUUCUAGAAGAUUUAUAUGAAAAUACUCGGACAAAAACAGCCGUUGUUUCAGCUAUUUCUACACGUACACAUCGAUAUGCAUUUCAUCGUCAACAACAAGAUGAUGCUGAUAAAUAUUGCGCUUCAAAAGAAUCUCAUUGUGUAAAAGAUUUGACAAAAGAUGCAUCAUCAACUACCUCGCUCUUCUCUAUAUCACCAUCUGAAAUACCAUGGCCACCAGGAUCAGAAACCUGA